AUGUUCUCAGGCAGUGUCAAACUGCAGGAGAAGUGCAAGCAUUGUGGUAGAUCAUGGACGGAGCACAAAGGCGUGAUCUCGGAGGCUCACCUUCAGACGUUCCUGCAGCAGAAGCAGAAAUCCCAAGAGGACAAAGACAAGAAGGAGGCUGAGGCUAAGCAUGCUGCAGCCGCCAAAAAGCUGGCCAAGAAGCGGGCGAGCCAGGCGGUCGAAGACGACUGGCUUUUUGGCCAGGAUGCAGCCAAGGACGAGCCACCGAAGCUUGAAGACGACUCCGAUGAUGACUUGGGUUUCCGAAUGUUUUCUGCUGCAGAUUUCGUGAACUCAGAUCCCGGCCCUCCAGAGCCUAACAGGCAGCUUAAGGUGGUCAACCUUAUUGAUUGGGGGGAGUGUGAUGUUGCUCAGGAGCUUGCUGGAGCUGGUGAGGCGACCGGGAGCUCAGCAAGCACGAUGGCACCUCCUGUGGAGGCACGUCACACACCUCCGGAUCCGCGUGGAGGAGGUGAGAUGAAUUUUCAAGAGUCCUUCGGUUCGGCUCCCAACUUGGCGCCGGUUCCGCAGCCCGGAAACCAGGAUCUCCUCACAGAGAUCCAGCAUUUGAGGCAAAUGCUUGCAGAUGCGAACGAAGAAAAGGACAUCCAGGUUGCCAUCGUCCGCGACGAAGUUCUUGAGAAGCAGCAGCAAAUUCAAGAGCUGACUCGCCAAAAGAGUGAGACGGAGGCAUUGCUCCGAGAAGCUCGUCAGAAGAUCGAAAACGAUGCAUCGCACACUGCAGAUGCAGCGGUGCCUGAGCAGCUGGCAGAGGUCCAGCAACUCAGGGCUCACGUCGCGGAGGCCGAGGCCAAGCUAGAGGCCUGGGAAACAAAGGAUGCUGCCACCAGUGUUGAGAUUCAGCAGCUACGAGCUCGUGUUGCUGAAACAGAAGCCCAACUGGAGGGCCAAAAGCCGCAUGACCAGAGUGAGGUCUUGCAUCUCAGAGCUCGUGCUGACGAGGCCGAGGCUCUUCUGAAGGCUCUGCAGCAAAGGGAUCCGACGGCGCAAGCCGAGGCUAACAGAGGUGAUGCAGCACCGCAGGAUCAAACAAGUGAGGUCGAGCAACUCAAAGUGCGAGCCGCUCAAGCUGAAGAGAGAUUGCAGGCUCUACAGCAAAAAGACGUGGACUCGAGCGCUGAGUUGCAGCAGCUCCGAGUACGUGCUGCUGAAGCAGAAGCCCAACUGGAGGCAAUGAAGCAUGAGCAGCAGGCCAAGCAAGCUGAGCUGGAGGCGUGGCAAAAGAAAGAUGCUGCAACAUCUGCAGAGGUUCAGCAGCUGAAAGCGCAGGCGGCUGAAGCUCAAGCCAAGCUGGAGGCAUCGCAGGCAACGCAAGGGGCGCAGCCACCCGAGGAGCCAAGUGCCGAGGUCCAGCUACUGAGAGUCCGUUGCGCCCAAGCUGAGGACAGAUUGGAGGCUUUGCAGCAGAAAGAUGCUUCCUCGAGUGCAGAGGUAGUGCAGCUCAGAGCCCGACUUUCAGAGGCUGAGGCGCAACUGGAGGCUCUCCAGCGAAGUACAGCUCUACCAGAGCAGCAUGCAGAGGACGCCCAAGCUGCCAAGGCCUUGCGCGAUGUCCGGAUGCAUGCUGAACAGCAGCUUGCAUGGAUCUUGCAGCGAAUGGGCGUUACUCAUCAAGCUGCAGAGUUGCAGAAGGUUGGUCGUGCUCCCUGCGUGUGA